UUGAUAAACCCAAUACACAAUUGGUCAUCGCUUGGCAAUUAGCCGGGCGCCGUCUAGUAUAUAAAGUUCUCAGAUUGGGUUGAUAAUUUCAUUCACAGUAUCGACGGCGCGCGCAAGCACAAGUGUUAAAUAAAUUUUAAAUUUCCGUUUUUUUCCAAUCAAAUUCUUCUCCGAAAUAUGUUGCGCAUUGCUUUUGUUGCACUAGCCUGCCUGUUCCUCGUGUCCAGUGCCACAAAUGUCAAGGAAUGCAAGGGUAAACCUUUUCCACUGAGUGUGCGCGUUGAGGGCUGCGAAGAACCACCCUGUGAGGUUAUCAAAGGGACGACCGCUGUGAUGGAAGUGCAGUUCUUGGGCAAUAGAAACGACAUUAAGAACAUCGAAGCGAAGGUCACAGCAAAGGUGCUCGGAAUGAACUUGCCCUACGAUCUGCCCGAAGAGGUUUCGAAUGUGUGCAGCAAUCUGAUGUUUGGCGCCAUUUGUCCAGUGGAUAAGAACGAGGACGUCACAUACAAAUUUAACUUUUACGUCGAGCCCGCCUUUCCCGAAAUCACUGCCGAUGUGACGGUUACACUGAAUGACGAAAACAAUGACGUUAUUACGUGCUUCAUAUGUAGCUGUAAGCUCCGUAAGGGACCAACGCAGCGCGACGAACUGCUUCUUGAAUCUGGCGAUCUCGAUGCGUAGGACCAAUGUUCUCGAUUCGACAUUCGUCCAAUGACUGAUGGUCAGGCAUUCUAUUGUUGAAUAAUAAAGUCACGACUUGUUGAGAUAAA